CGUCGACGAAUGACGCUUUUAUUUUGAAGGGCUGUUUUUGCACGCGAUUACCGUAAUGCUUCAAAUAAGGGCAAAGUGCAGAAAAAAAACGUGAGCAGCUGGCUCGACUGUGCUCUCCGUAGUGGCUGCCGGCUUUAACGCAGUCUUAAACCCGAUAACCUCGGUUAUAUAAGGCGAUGUGCCCCGUUUUACAGUAGUAGUUUGUACCUAAAGGGGAGAGAAAGUGACUGCUAGGUAGCUUGAUAACGGACCGUCACUUCCUACCCAAGGAAAAACUUUUAGCUGUCAUGUCCUCCAGCGCUCCACACAACUUCUCCUGGGUGGAUCCAGGUAAGGUGGCCGGACUGGCCAUGCCCAGGAUGACCUGCGAGUACCAGUACCUGCUGGACAACGGCAUCAAGCACCUGGUGUGCCUGUGUGAGAGGAAACCGCCCUACCACGACACCUGCCCGGAGCUGCAGCUUCACCACAUCAAGAUAGCCGACUUCACUCCUCCGACACCGACUCAGAUCGACAGGUUCCUCUCCAUCGUGGAGGAGGCCAACUCUAAGGGGGAGGGCGCGGCGGUUCACUGCAUGCACGGCCACGGGAGGACGGGCACCAUGCUCGCCUGCUACCUGGUGAAGACCAGGAAGAUGUCGGGGAUCGACGCCAUCAACGAGAUCCGCAGGCUUCGACGAGGUUCGAUUGAGACUCAGGAGCAGGAGAAAGCUGUGGUGCAGUUUUAUCAGCGCACUAAGUAGCUUUAACAGAGGGGAUUAACAUCGCGGAGGCAGAUGCAGCAAGUUGUGGAGUUUACAAUUCAUUUAAACAUAUAAAAAGUGCCUCGGCUAGGAAAAUAUUUUAUUAUUCGUGAGAAGGAAAAUACAAGAAGUUUAAACACAAAAAAACAUGUUUGUCCUGGACGACAAAAAUAAUAAGCCGAAGUGAAAUUACCACAGCAUCACCUGUUUAACUAACAAUUCUACAGCAGUUUCAUACACACUGCCAUUAACGUAGUGCUGUACAUUUUGUAUAACAGUGUUGGCAAGUUAUAACAUUUCCUUUUUUUUCUUUUUGACGCUUUGAGCUUCGUUCAUGCACUGGACGCCAGGGAAAAGAGACGCUGACGCUCCUUGAAAGUGAGCUUCUCAGGAGCCGACAGCCUCCUCGUUUUCUCUCGCUGGUUCCUGCAAAUAUAAAACCACGACAGCAGUGGAAAUACUUGAAUAGCAUUACUUAUGGGGAACCAAAAACAACUGUGCUGUUUUAAAAAAACUGAUUUUUUUUUUUUGGGGUGUGGUUCUGUACGUUUCUUUUACUCAGGGAUACGCUUGCAAACAGAGCGCGUGCGAAAGGCCAUAAUUGCUUUCUUGCUGUGCGUGGCUGUGUCAUCGCGAGUGGAAGCGCUGCACAAAGAGCUGCCCAUUAAAGUGGAUUACAUUUCAAUCUCCAUACGCCAAGAACUGUACACUCACUGUUCCGAUGCCACGUUGUGACCGUCGUGACUCAGCCCGCUCCGUCUUCCAGCUGCCAAGAAUAAGGACGUUUGAAAUGAAAUGACGAAAACGCAAACUGUGUUAAAUAAAUGAAAGUGACGGCAAAACA